AUGUCGAUGUUCAACGACAGCCAGGGUGUAAUUGUUCAGGACGAUGCGAAGGUUACAAAUGCUGGGCGCGACGUCGUCAACAUUCAGACCACUACUGUCAAUAAUUAUCCAUCUUCAACUUUGAAGGUCGUCCCACAUCAACGUUCAUUAAUGAUGCCCACUAUUCACUCAAAAUCUCCAAAGUGGACGCCCAAGAACCGGAUUUGUCGGGCGCAACAACGUAACUGUUCGACGCUGGACUUUUUGAACCAAUACGAGGACGUCAUGGACGAAGGAGCUUUCCUUGAGUGCACUGAGUUCAUCGUAAACUCAACCGCCAGCUCUGAAAUCGAAGACAAAGGUUGGCUGGCAUUUCUGUGUGACGCCCAUUACAGAAGAAGUCUUGUGCAUUACACCUCCGAUGUUAAGAGGGUCAACAAUAUCGCUCAGCGUGGCUCCCAACAAGGAGUCUGCUUGAAAGCGAACCGUUUUCAUAACGAUAGGCCUAUUCUCGACCAAAUACACGUACAGGCGGAGUCUAAAAUUGGACCUGUAUCUAUCCUCGUCAUCCCUGAAAUAUAUGCUGAUUUUCGUGUACAUGAUUAG